AUGCCUUUCUCCAAGAAGGUCAAGAACGAUGCCUACUUCUCCCGCUACCAGGUGAAGUACAAGCGUCGCCGCGUUGGCAAGACCGACUACUACGCCCGCAAGCGCCUCAUCACCCAGGCGAAGAACAAGUACAACGCGCCCAAGUACCGCCUCGUGGUGCGCUUCACCAACCGCGACAUCAUCGCCCAGAUUGUGACGUCGGAAGUCAACGGCGACAAGGUCUUCAGCGCCGCCUACGGCCACGAGCUCAAGCGCUACGGCGUCACCCACGGCAUCACCAACUGGGCGGCCGCCUACUGCACUGGCCUGCUGCUCGCCCGCCGCACACUCAAGAAGCUCGAGCUGGACGAGGACUUCGUCGGCGUGGAAGAGGCUGAUGGCGAGUUCACCAUGACCGAGGCCGCCGAGGGCGACGACGGCGAGUCGCGCCGCCCCUUCAAGGUCUUCCUCGACGUCGGUCUGGCGCGCACUUCGACUGGUGCCCGCAUCUUCGGCGCCAUGAAGGGCGCGUCCGACGGCGGCCUCUACAUCCCGCACUCCGAGAACCGCUUCCCGGGCUUCGACAUCGAGAGCAAGGAGCUCGACGCCGAGACACUCCGCAAGUACAUCUUCGGCGGCCACGUCGCCGAGUACAUGGAGACGCUCGCCGACGACGACGAGGAGCGCUACAAGUCGCAGUUCCAGGGCUACAUUGACGACGACAUCGAGGCCGAGGGCCUGGAGGAGCUGUACGCGGAGGCGCACAAGCAGAUCCGCGAGGACCCGUUCAAGAAGGACGAGGACGAGGGCGACAAGAAGACCAAGGAGGAGUGGAAGAAGGAGAGCUUGAAGUACAAGCAGAGGAAGCUCACCAAGGCCCAGAAGGAGGAGCGUGUCAAGGCCAAGAUUGCCGAGCUCAAGGCCGACGAGUAAAGCUAUACAAAAACUGGUGUCUGUGCUGCGGAUGCGAUGCGAUGCGAUCCGGAAGUCUUGAGGGGCUCGUCGGCGUGUGGUUAGCAUGGGGUUGGCGUCUGGGAUGACAAUUUCAAUUGCUCGAUGAAUGAAGCUGUUCUCACUGUUUCUCUCUUCGUGGAGAAUUGGCGAGUGUAGCCAAUACC